AUAAAUAAAGUAAAAUGCAUAUUUAUAAUAUAUUUCCUUUAAUAAUUAUUUAUUUAUCAACGUUUAUUACUAAUAAUUUAUGUUUAACAAAAUGCGAUAUUUAUUUAAAUAGUGUACAAAAAUGUAUUGUAGUUUACAAUAUUUCAUGGACCGUCCCAUUCGAUAAGAAAGUCAGUGUAAAUUUAUGUCGUGAACAGCAUAAACAUUGUGAGGAAUGGAUCGAUCCAGAUAUUGAUGGAUACCCGAUUUCUAUUCAACCUGAUGGUAGAAAUUAUACCAUAAAUGUUGGAUUCCAUUGCAAUUUCGAGAGAAAUGCGGUUUUCAAUAAAUCAGAAAAUACAGUUUUCCUCAAAGUUCCAUCAACAAACUGUGCCAAAAAAUACUGUUUAUUUGAUAUUACAGAUAAUUCACAGAAUAAUUUACGAAUAAAUUUAACGAGUAUUCGAUCUUUGUCGUCACAAGUCGAUGGAAUACAAUAUUAUUUUCAAAUUUGUAAAAUUAAUGUACCCAAUAUUUGUGGAAAUUCUCCGAUAUCGUGUAAAAUUGAUCAGAAAAAUAUAACAACAUCUUUGGGUGAUAAUAAUUGGGCGGUAUUUUAUUAUGGGGUUGAAAAGGGAUUGCAGUUGAUUUUACAUGCACCAAAAAAAGUAAAAAUGAUAAUCCAAAUAAAUUGUGAUCAAAAUGUUUUACAUUCAUUUUCUUUUUUACGAAAACAAGGAAAACAUUAUUUUUUUAAUCUGGUUUCGAAUGAAUUAUGUUUAAGACUACCUAUAAAAUAUAAUACACGCGUACAAAACGAAAGGAAUUUCGUAUAUGAUAUCAGUGAAUUACAGGGUCGAAAUUGGGAAGUUCCUUUACCUGAUCGAACAGUUAUAAUUUUCACGAUUGGUGACAGUAUUCAGGAUGAUAAAUAUUUAAAUUUUGGAGAUCGUAAUAUUUUUGCUUGUCGUAACACAACUAAUAAAUGUAUCAGCCUUGGGUCAGUGACAACAGGUCUCACGGUUAAUGAAAAUAACUCUCAAAUAUUAUAUACAAAUGGUGAUAUGUGCCAAAAUGGUGAACUUGCAAGUUUACGAAUACAAUUUUUAUGUUUCAAUAAACAAAAUCAACCACAGAUUUUAAAUAUCGAUAAGAAUUGUUCCUACGAUAUCAUUUGGAAGACUUCUUUUGGCUGCCCACAUGCGAUUGGGGUUCCAGGAGAUUGUACCGUUUAUGAUAAUGUGGCAAGUUUGUAUCCAUAUAAUUUUACAUCGUUAAAAAAUCGGAAUGUAGAUUAUGACCUCGAAUUAUCGAAUGGAUAUUUACGAAUAAAUUUAUGUGAUCAAUUAAUGUCAUCUUGUGGACAAACAGUUAAUACAAGUUUGUGCUUAGAAACAGCUGACGGUCUGGCAAUACCGUUUGGUCCUGUCAACAAAACUCCAAUUUUUAAAGAUGGUAAAAUCGAAUUUUUGUAUUCGAAUGAUCAAAAUGGUAACUCGAAUUUGAAAUAUACAGUACGCUUGCAUAUGGUAUGCAAUUUAAACGAAACUCGAAAUGAUUCUUUAAUUGUUGUAAAAGAGAUGAAACAGAAUAAUAAUUGUGAAAUAAAUUUAGAAUGGCGUACGAAUUUAGCAUGCUAUCGACCACACGAUCAAAUAAAGUGUAAUGUACAAGGGGGUGCAAAUUUAACUUUACAUCAAUUAAUACGGACUGAAGUAAAUUAUGAAAUUCCAUAUAAAAAUAGUGUUUUUAUUUUAAAUAUUUGUAAACCAGUGAUCUUUAACGAAAAUGCUUUUUAUUCCGGUCAAAAUCCGGGUGUUAUUAUGGUCGAUAAUACAAAUGCGAAUUUGCAAACAAAGGUAACAAAUUUGGGUAAUGUUGUAAAUGAACCAAGCUAUGAUUCAAAUUCGAAAACAAUUAAAAUGGAAUAUACGAUCAAGAACAGUUUCCCGGAGAGAAAAAGUAUUUUAUAUUUUUAUUGUAAUCGAAAUUAUAAGGUGCCAGACAUACAGGUGAAAAUUAAUACAAAUAUUUAUAAUUUUUUAAUAUUUACAAACGAAACUUGUAUGGAAAAUGAUGAAGAUGUCGAUCUGAAUUCAAUUCUAAAUAAUUUUAAUGAUUCAAUUGCUGAUCAUGUCAUUGAAGUACCUCCGAAAGCAGACGAAAUAUCAGCACAUAAGAUAAACUGUUCCAUUGUGUCAGAGAUGAAUAAUUACACAAUAAAAACAUUAUUAAUGAAUUAUUCAUAUAAUGAAACACAACAAUUGACAUUUGACAUUGAAAAUGACUCAAAAGUUGAGAAUAUAUUCAAAAAUUUAAGAAAUUAUUGUAAUAAAUUAAUAUUGAAUACAACUCAACAUUUAGGAUUCAAUAAUAUCCACGAAUUUAAUACUAAACAACAGGACAUGAAUAUAGAAUUGAAAUUAUAUUGUAAUUACACAACUGGAAUUGGUAAUCCAAAAUUAAUGGAAUCCGUAAAUUAUGAUUAUAUUUACCAUUGGUAUAGUACAAUAUUUUGUCCAAAAUCAAAAGCGAUUUAUAUUCCGAGUACAUUGAUAUUGAAAAAUCCUAUUCUGUUUCGAGAAUUAGAUUUCAGACAAUUGUUGGGAUUGGAUUCAUCAAAGGAAAUUAUUAAAGUGAAAACUUCAAAGACUGAAUCAACUGUGAAUUUUAGAGCAGCUAAAUACAAUUCCAUAUUGAAUUAUCAAGAAAACGUUGUCGAAUUUAUUGUCUAUCAGUCAAACGAUGCAUGUCUCAAUCAAAAUUCCACUACGAGAUUCAACUUAAUAUGCGAUCUGGAGAAAACAACAUUCCAAGUCAAGCAAGAAACGAAUUGCUUGACUGAAUUCGAUUGGUAUGUUCGUGAUGCAUGUUAUUUCUUGGGAUUAGAAUCUACUUUAAUUCAUGCUAAAAAUCUACCAAUUUUUGACACUGAUAAUAACGUUAUCAUACAUUCAGCGUCGUCAUCAAUUUCAAUAAUAUUAAAAAUUUGUAUUGCAAUAUUUUUAAUAUUAUUAUUUCCGCUAUGUUUUUAUAUUUAUAAAAAACGUUAUCAUUUAAUAUUUACUAGAACGGCAAAUGGCGGCUAUGUUCAGGUAAGAUGGGAAAAUGAAUCAACUUUAUAAUUCGAGAAAAAGAAGAGAAUUUAUUUGUGAUAUAUGAAGAAUCUUUAAGAGUGCUUUUUUGA